AUGUAUUCGCCUGACCAAUACGAAAUCGUCUCGGAAAUCAAUAGUGUGGCCUGUGUCACAGCCGUGUCUUUGAUCUUUGGUCGAAAGAUUGCUGCAGUGGACGGCCCAAUCUACUAUGUACGAGGACUCAUCCUCACGCUUUAUGGGCUUACUUGGGCCUUUGAUUUGAUCGCAUGCAUGCUUGUCAGUACCAAUAACGGCAACUACAUUUCAUGCACGCUCGGUUUCUUCAAUUGCGUCUUGUUUUACACGUUUGCAAAGAUCAUGUUGUAUCUUUAUUUUACGGAAAAGAUCUACGUCAUGUCCAUGCCCAAAGUCUCACGCAUGCGAUCUAUAUACUAUCAUGCCGCAUUUGCAAUCUUGGCGUUGUAUCUUGGAUGCAUCGUCUUUUUGAUCAUCUCACGUAUCAUUGAAGUCGAUGAUGCAUCACCUUACCACUGCAUUAUCGGCUACUCCCUGCCAGCGACCAUCACUAUUCUUUGCUGUGACUUUUUGAUUGCUGCAUUAUGCACAGGCAUGUUCAUCAAGCUAUAUGCAUUCCCAAGCAUGGCACAACAAACCGCUCAACAAGCAUCAUCCCUGAAACUUAUGGCUCGUCGUCAUAUUAUCGCAGCCAUUGUACCCUGCAUCACUUCCACAGUCAACUAUGUCAUCAUGGUCGCACUUCAGGGCCGUGAACGAGGUCUUAUUGCUCUUGCAGUAUGCACCGUGGAUAUCACCAUUGUUUCAUGCGUUGUUCAUUGGGUCACCUCGCAUCCUGCCGAAUCUCAUUUAGUGGAGAAAGGCUUACAUGCUGGUGGUGGUGAUAGACCAGUUAAGCUAGAAAUCAAGCAGCAUCAAGAAGUUGUGGUGUUGACCGAGCUCAAUUCCAGAAUGUAA